AUGUCGGAAUACCUCCAGUUGGGUAUUGACCCAUCAUCACUUGGGUUCUUGUCCAUCUUUCUUGGAGGCAGCAUCAUCCACAAGACAAACUUAGCUGAAGCGUCAAUACGUGAUGUAGACUGGGAUGGCGUGGGAUUUGUUCCUAGGAAAAUCGAUAUAAUCUCUCUUCUAAGAGAACGGAGAGCAGACCUCUGCGAUUUGCUCGGAGUAGUCGAAGAAGACGGCUCGGCUGCAUCUUGGGAGGAAGCUCUGGAGUUAGCAGCUACUUUAGAUUGGCAAGUUUUGCGCUUCUCUGGAUGGACACGCUCGGGUUCCAAACGGACUAUGAAGAUAUGGUCUCAAGAGCACCUCGCUGCUGCGGUUUCCUAUCCCGGAUCCAGUUACCUCGGCGUCUUGUCACACAAGACGUUGCACACGAUACAGCUCAAUCAGGGUGCACUGGGUCCGGGGAUUCUAGUCUGCCCCCCCAUCCAGGUUACCGACAACGUCUACAUCAUGUCCGACUUUGACUUGAUCCAAAUCACUGUACCUGCGGAUCGGAGUUCCGAAACCAGAGCAUGGCCUGGGAUUCUAUGUGACUUGCUCGUGACUUCGCGGUGCGUGUUCGAACGCUCGAGAGGCCUGGGAGCCUCACUAAAACAACUCAUUUGGUCCAAGUGGGGACACAUGCUUCACCAGAACGACACGGCAUCUACUCUCGGCCCUGCCCCCUUCUCCCUCUACCGCUGGGCCUCGUUCGGGAAAGCUUUCAAGGACCGUCUAAUCUUGGAGGGAGAAACGACUCGCCCGUUAACGGCCGCGUCGCCAAGCUCACUUCCAGCUAGAAGCCUACGCACCACUUUUCUAACCAUCCGGCCAGACCAGGGCGACUCUAUGACAACUUCACCGGUGGAAUUCAUCUCCUACGACAAGCCGGAAUGGACCCUACAACCAGCGCUCAACUCAAGCUUCGCCAGGACCAAAGUGGACACCAGCGCCGCUCCAGCACCACCACACACACAGUUCGUGGUCACGGAUAAAGUAGGCGCCCAGAGCCCAUUUUCGAGAAAUUCAGUGUGCGAACGUGCCAACCUGGAGUUUCUGGGAGGUGGACCGCGUCACCAGGUCUUUAUCAAGACUACAGGGAGUUUCGUCUUCGAGCUGGAUGCUCUUACGCUGCUCCGGCGGCUCUAUCGAGCGCGCGACCUGCAACGCAUCAUUGCAGUCGAUCGUGCGCAAAAGCGGAUAUACUAUGAGUACUUCAACGGAAAAUCGCUCCUGGACAUACGCUUUGGCUAUCUUGCGGGAACACCGUUGCCAAAACAAGAGAACAGGAUGGGGGCUCUCGACCAUCGUUGGCUCUUAAGCGUCGAAGCGAAGAGAGCUCACGACGUCAUGCGCUCCUACAAGCUCUCCUACUCAGCCGGGCAUCCCAGCCGUGCCAGUUCUCGAGAGGCCCGGAUACACCAGUACUUUUUCCACCGGCUACACGUGAACAAACACCUGAAACAAUUCUACCCGAGCACCUCUUCGGUAUUUCGCACCUCCGGAUCUGGCUCGACAAUCCCGUUGGACGAGUUUCUCCAGCUGCCAAUAUACGUUAACAAUGUGCGGCGCCAAAACCUGCAGCACUAUCUGCACCAGGCGGAAUUGCUCCUCCAUCCAGACGCCGAUCACUUUUCCUUGCUGCCCAACGUGUACGGCCUGGGGGAUGGGCAUGGGGGUAACAUCAUGGUCGCCGGGCCGCAAACCACCACGCCUACCUUGCGGUACAUCGACUACGAGGUGGCAGGGCACCACUCGAUUGUACUGGACAUGGUCAAGCCAAUCUACCUGGACUGCUUCUGCAACGCUCUCUGGGGGGACAUGCUGGGACCUGAUCUAUCACAACGUACAACAGCAAUAUCCCCCCCGCUGGCGCCGACGGUGGAAUGGACAGUAGAAGCAACUGGGAUACAUGUCCGAUACCAACUCAAUGCGAGCUUCCUGGACAAAGCCAUGGCUAGGACCAAAUUCGAGUAUAUUGUCUGUCCUGUCCUCGAGCACAUCAAUGGGCUGGGAAUCCAAGGCGGUGUUGCUGAGCGCGUCCUGGCGCAUGCCCUGUUCUGCUGUGCUAUUCUAACCCGGGACUUUUCCAAACGUCCCGACUUGUUUUUUCUGAACCUUGCCAUUGGAGUAGAUCUGGCGGUCGACAUGCGAGGAGUCAUAGACCGAACCUUUGGGGCGCAAAGUUGGCCCAAAACAAAUGGUCUAGUCAAAGAUGGUCGAGAAUGA